UGUGCUAAUUUACGAAAUUAUACGUUUUGAAAUAGCCGCUUUUUCAUUAAAUGGAUUAAAUCGAAAAAUUAUCGAAACAUUUCGUCGUACUAAUCAUAACAAGAAAAGAAUUAUUGCGAAAUUAAGAGGAGUAAUUGUGAAAACAACAUUAAGAAGGUCACCAACGUUGUGUAUUCGGUGCAGAGAAAUGAAUUCAGUUGCGCUCCAACAACCGUCGUUAUAACACGUUUUAAAAUUUUCCUUUUUCUAUGUUGUUUAGGGUGAAUAUUUACUUUGUGUUUAAUUAAUCAGUCGUAUUUGAUAAGAUAGGAUUAAAUUAGAAUUAGAAGAGAUGAAAGCAGUAAUCCCAACGAUUUUUACGUUAAAUAUUAAUUAAAUCCUUUCACGAUUUACAAAAAAUAUUGGGAAAUUUAUGGAUACUUGAAUCGAUUAGAUUACAAUUAAUAAACUUGUUUGAAAUAAACAUUCGAUGACUCAGAUGGAGUUAACAGGAUAAUUCGGAGAAAUUUAGAAACAGUGUUUUUAUCAAAGCUAUUCGAGGUGAUAAGUUUUCAGUUGUGCUUUAACUAUGAGGGGAUCAAGAAGCGCUUUAGCUGACAACGAUAUCGGUGAAAGAAUAUCGUAUAAUCCAGAUUUUAAUGGUCCAUUAAAAGGAAGAUCUUGUACAGAUGUGAUUUGCCUAUUACUUUUUUUGGUUUUUAUCGGAUGCUGGAUCGGAAUCGGAAUUUUUGCCUUUGUAAACGGAGAUCCAGAAAAAUUAUUGAUACCGAGAGAUUCCUAUGGAAGUAGAUGUGGAUACGAUGCCCACGUUAAAGACAAACCAUAUUUACAUUUUUUCGAUCUCACGAAAUGUAUUGAUCCAUCUGUACCAUUUACUGGAUGCAACACUCCACAAGUUUGUGUUAAAAAUUGUCCAAAAGAGAGUUAUUAUCAUAUUGAAAAUAGUAAUCAAAAUGAUAAAUCAAAAACAGUGUGCAAAUAUGAUAUAAAUGAAAAUGAAUCUUUGGAUAGUUUAGUAAAAAAGGGUGAUUGCGCCAAAUGGGUUUUAAAAAGCGAACAAAUUCUUAAGAGAUGUUUGUACAAAAUCGAGGAUCGUCGAUCUUUGAAAAUACCAAGAUCUUCCAACAUUGAACGAGACGAAGUAUCCGAAGUGAAAAAAUUUUUGGAUAUUGCAAGCAGCUGGCUUGGUCUUGUUGUCCAAUACGCAGUCGAUCGUUUCUCAGACAGCGUUGAAGCUCAACAGGCCGGCAUGAACGUCGUAAACGACAUUAAAAAUUCGUACAAAGAAAUCUUACUCGGAAUUGGUUUAAGUAUCGUUGUUUGUAUUAUUUACAUCGUUUUACUGAGAUGGAUCGCUCCUGUUAUGGUUUGGUUAUCAAUUCUUGGUGCAUUGGCGGGAUUAGCAUUUUGUGUUUACUACAGCGUUACUCAAUACCAAUAUUAUAAAGAUAAUCCAUAUAAAUACGAGGAUGCUACAAAUUCAUUUGAUAGAGCAUUUAAACAACCAUCAACAUGGAUGUGGAUUUUAAUCAUCCUCUCGGUGAUUUUGGGUCUUUUAUUUUUAAUCGUGGUGUUUUUACGGAAAAGAAUUGUUUUGGCGAUUGCCUUAAUCCAAGAAGGGAGCAAGGCUGUUAGUUCGACUACUUCAGCGCUUUUCUUCCCUAUAAUUCCGUGGAUACUUCAAUUUGGUGUGAUUUGUUAUACAAUUGCUGUAGCUGUUUACAUCUCAACCGUGGGAGGCCCCUUAUAUGAAGUUAGAAAUUUUGAACCAGAUAAAUGUGAUUGCAACUAUGCAAAUGGAGAUGAAUGUAACGUUGAUACAUUUAUUGAGUGUGUCAAUAAAUUGAGUCAAAAAUGCGAGGCUACUUGUAAAUUUAUUAAAACAAGCAACGAUAAUUACGUUCCUUACAUUCACGCUUUUAACAUCAUUGGAUUUUUCUGGGGCGUUUUCUUCAUCUCGGCUCUUUGCGAAAUGAUUCUAGCCGGAGUAUUUGCAACGUGGUAUUGGACGUUCGAGAAAAAGAACGUUCCGUUUUUCAACGUUACAACAUCGACGUUAAGAACGUUGCGAUAUCACAUCGGAACGUUGGCUUUUGGCUCAUUAAUCAUUACGAUUUGUCGGAUUAUCAGAGUGAUUUUGGAAUACAUCGAUCAUAAAUUGAAGAAAUACGAUAAUGCGCUAACAAGGGCGAUAAUGUGCUGUUUAAAAUGUUUCUUUUGGUGUUUGGAGAAAUUUUUAAAAUUCAUUAAUCGUAACGCUUACAUUAUGUGUGCCGUUCAUGGCAAAAACUUUUGUGCUAGUGCCAAAGAUGCUUUUAAUCUACUUAUUAGAAAUAUUUUAAGAGUCUUCGUUUUAGAUAAGAUAACGGAUUUUCUGUUCUUCUUAAGCAAAAUUAUUGUUGUAAUUGGUGUUUCAAGUAUUAUUUAUUCAAUUUUAACUUAUGUAAAGGUCAUCAAAUUAAAUUAUGUUUAUAUCCCAAUCAUUUUUAUUGCGAUUUGUACGUAUUUGAUCGCAUCGGUCUUCUUCAAAGUUUAUAUAAUGGCUAUUGAUACCUUAUUUUUGUGCUUCCUUGAAGAUUGCGAACGCAACGAUGGAUCAAGAGAGAGGCCUUAUUUUAUGACCAAAAAUCUUAUGAACGUGCUCAACAAAAAGAAUAAGUAAUUGCAUCUAUUCUACAGAUAAAAUAUGUGAUAUUUAUUGAAAUACAAUAAUAGUAAUGUAAUAAUAUAAAUAUUUUAAUCGUAA